UGUUGUUCCGCCAACAUGGCGGCGCCCACAGUCACUGUCCGGGCCGUGUUCCCCUGAAAGUGGAAACAGAAGCGUGAGGAGCCGCAGGCCAGAGCCUGUGAGCAGGAUCUUCCCACCUUCUGCAGGAUGGCUUCUGCUUGGCGGAGACUGGGCUUUUAUGUCUCUUUUCUGAAAAGCCAGCAGGAUGGCGGGCCAGGGAUCAUCAGUGGGGGAAGGAGAGUGAUUCCGGGAUGGGCCAGAGAUAUUUACAGUGCCACGGGAGAGUGGACGAAAGAGUACACACUGCAGACAAGGAAGGAGGUCGAGAAAUGGUGGCAUCACCGAAUAAAAGAACAGGCAUCCAAAAUUUCAGAAGCCGAUAAAUCAAAGCCCAAGUUUUAUGUACUGUCCAUGUUCCCGUAUCCUUCUGGCAAGUUGCACAUGGGCCACGUGCGUGUGUAUACCAUCAGCGACACCAUUGCACGGUUCCAAAAGAUGAGAGGGAUGCAGGUCAUCAACCCCAUGGGAUGGGAUGCCUUUGGACUGCCUGCUGAAAAUGCAGCGAUUGAGAGGAAUCUACAUCCAGAAAGUUGGACACAAAGUAAUAUUGAACACAUGAGGAAGCAGCUUGAUCGACUGGGCCUGUGUUUCAGCUGGGAUAGGGAAAUAACUACAUGUUUACCAGAUUACUACAGAUGGACUCAGUACCUCUUUAUUAAGCUCUAUGAAGCUGGGCUGGCCUAUCAAAAGGAGGCCUUGGUUAACUGGGACCCAGUGGAUCAAACAGUGCUUGCCAAUGAGCAGGUGGAUGAACAUGGCUGCUCGUGGCGUUCGGGAGCAAAGGUGGAGCAGAAGUACCUCCGACAGUGGUUUAUUAAGACAACUGCUUAUGCAAAGGCCAUGCAGGAGGCGCUGGUGGACCUUCCCGAGUGGUAUGGAAUAAAAGGCAUGCAGGCCCACUGGAUCGGAGACUGUGUGGGCUGCCAUCUGGACUUCACAUUGAAGGUGGAUGGUCAAGUCACAGGAGAAAAGCUGACCGCCUACACAGCCACCCCUGAGGCCAUUUACGGCACCUCCCACGUGGCCAUCUCUCCCAACCACAGACUCUUACAUGGGCACAGCUCUCUGAAGGAAACCUUCCGGAAGGCACUUGUUCCUGGCAAAGAUUGCCUCACGCCCGUGAUGGCUGUGAACAUGCUCACCCAGCAGGAGGUCCCUGUCGUUAUCUUGGCCAAAGCUGACUUGGAGGGCUCUCUGGAUUCCAGAAUAGGAAUUCCGAGCACCAGUCCAGAGGACACCACCUUAGCCCAGACCCUGGGCCUCCCCUACUCCGAAGUCAUUGAAACUUUGCCGGAUGGCACAGAGAGGAUGAGCAGCUCUGCCGAGUUCACAGGCAUGAGCCGGCAGGAUGCGUUUCUAGCCUUGACUCAGCAAGCCCGGAGGAAGAGGGUAGGUGGAGACGUGACAAGCCACAAACUGAAGGACUGGCUGAUCUCGCGACAGCGGUACUGGGGCACGCCCAUCCCCAUGGUCCACUGCCCGGCCUGCGGCCCGGUACCCGUGCCUCUGCAGGAUUUGCCCGUGACCUUGCCCCACGUCCCAUCUUUCACCGGCAAAGGAGGCUCCCCACUGGCCACGGCUUCAGAGUGGGUGAACUGCGCCUGCCCUAGGUGCAAGGGAGCUGCCAAGAGAGAGACUGACACGAUGGAUACCUUUGUCGAUUCUGCUUGGUACUACUUCAGAUAUACCGACCCACAGAAUACUCAGAGCCCUUUUAAUGCAGCGUUGGCAGAUUACUGGAUGCCUGUGGAUUUGUACAUCGGAGGGAAGGAACACGCCGUCAUGCAUUUGUUCUAUGCGAGAUUCUUUAGUCAUUUCUGCCAUGAUCAAAACAUGGUCAAACACAGAGAACCUUUCCAUAAGCUGCUGGCCCAAGGCCUUAUCAAGGGGCAGACAUUCCGCCUACCAUCAGGACAGUAUCUCCAGAGAGAGGAAGUAGAUCUCACAGGUGCUGUUCCUGUUCAUGCAGAAACGAAGGAGAGGUUGGAGGUGACGUGGGAGAAGAUGAGCAAGUCCAAACACAACGGGGUGGACCCCGAGGAGGUCGUUGAGCAGUACGGCAUCGACACCGUCCGGCUCUACAUCCUUUUCGCUGCCCCUCCUGAGAAGGACAUCUUGUGGGAUGUGAAGACCGAUGCCCUUCCCGGGGUGCUGAGGUGGCAACAGCGUCUGUGGGCCUUGGUGACCCGCUUCAUCGAGGCGAGGGCUCCCGGGACGGCUCCCCGGCCCCAGCUGCUGAGUGAUGAGGAGAGAGCCGAGAGCAAGAAGCUCUGGGAGUACAAGAACUCAGUCAUCUCUGAGGUGACCACCCAUUUCACAGAGGACUUCUCACUGAAUUCUGUAAUUUCUCAGCUGAUGGGACUCAGCAGUGCCCUCCUGCAAGCUUCUCAGAGAGUGGUCCUCCACAGCCCCGAGUUUGAGGACGCGCUGUGUGCCCUGACAGUGAUGGCCUCCCCGAUGGCCCCCCACAUCACCUCGGAGCUCUGGGCAGGCCUGGCGCAGGUGCCCGGGAAGCUGUGUGCCCACUACGCCUGGGACGCCGGUGUGCUGCUUCAGGCGUGGCCGGCCGUGGACCCACAGUUCCUCCAGCAGCCCGACGUGGUGGAGAUGGCCGUCCUGAUCAACAACAAAGCCUGCGGCAAGAUCCCCGUGCCGCCGGGAGUCGCACGGGACCAGGACAAAGUCCAUGAGCUCAUCCUCCAAAGCGAGCUGGGUGUCAGACUCUUGCAGGGGCGAAGCAUCAAGAAGGCUUUCCUGUCCCCCAGAACGGCCCUCAUCAACUUCCUGGUGCAGGACUGACUGCGGGGGCGGGGGGGGGGGGGGGGGGGGGCGGGGCUGAGGAAGGAGGAGUGUGCUGGCCCAGGGCAGGGAAGCGACCAACGUCUUCAAUGUUUACCUUCGUGGUGGGUUGGGUGGGCUUGGGCAGUGCGGUGGGGCCCGGCGCAGGGGUGAGGGUGGGUGUGGGCAGAGGUGGAGGGCUCCGGCAGCCGCUGCAGGUGGAGGAAGCCGGUUGAGGCGUGUGAGGCCACCAGAGGAACUGCUGGGUGUCCCCUGGGUGUCUGCAGGAAGGCGAGAAGAGAAGCAAGUGAGAAUGAACGGGGUGCCUCUCGAGCAGCCUGGGAGCUCUGACUCCUAGAAAUUGCACACUCCAGGAACAUGAGGGUAAACUGAGGACCCACACACUGCACAGGAGCAGCGUGGACAGCCAAUGUUGGACGGGUGACAGCCUGAGCAUCAUGGCAGGUGGUCUCCUCUCUUUCGGGCUGGACGGAGGAGCCAUGUGGGUCAUGUCCAAAUAUCCAGUAUAUGGCGGGGCCCACCGCGCUCUGCAGAAGCUGCUCCGAACCCGAAGGCAGGCGGGGCCUGUCCCUCUGCAGUUGUUCCCACUGCGGGCAUGCGCGGAUGCCGACACAUGGGCUCUUCCUAACCACUCCCUCGGGGUGUCAGUGUGCUGUGUAGUGAAGCAGAACCACGCUGGUUCCGAGCUCAGCUGGAACCAGUCCCGGGGUGCACCACAGCCCUGCGGGGAGGCUGCUCAGGUGGGCCCCAGACGGCCCCGCUGUGGGUGUCGCCCCAGAGCUGGGCGUUCGCUUGAGCGAGCUCCCUGCGGCCGAGGGGGCCCGGUGCCUCCCGGUGCUGCCUCUGUGUUCAAGCCACCGCCGCCUGGCUGCCCGGGAGUGGCCGGGACGGACCCCGUUGUCGGUGCAUUCGGGUAAUCUGGUUUUCUAUGAAGCCAGCAAUUAGGUGCUCUUCCCAGAACUGGCCUGAGCCACUGAUUAAUACUUAAUGGGGCAGUGGAGGAGAAUGUAGCCAUUCUGUGCUACUGAAAGGCUAUGUUUGUUUUCUGAUGCCGUUUUUCUGAAGUAGCCUCAGAUGUGUCUGUAGUCGAGCUGCUAACAGAUGACUUUUUUUAAUGCAGUAAGAUAUGUGUCGUGUGUGAUCUUGGAAUAGCCGCCAUACUUCCCAUUCUAGGAGUUAAUCAGGAACAGAUCGAGGUGUUCCAUCAUUAUCAGAAGCACACGGAAAGUCAUAAAGUGAGGUGUGUGGAGGACUUACAGAACGUGGUAGACAACCCUGGUUCAGGCUCGUUAGCCACAGCGGUUAAGUUACUGGAUCUCAAAUGUGGCUCAACUUGAUACCAUGGCUGGUCCCCAUGCCCAGAAAUUCUGAUGUAAUUGAUCUAGGGUGUGUUUGGGCAUCAGGGAACCUUACAAGCUGCAUGGGUGAGUCUAAUGGGCAGCAAAGUGUGAGAACCACUGGGUUAAUUGAUGGAUUUGAACCGUGAUGUCUAACUAGUCCUUCCUCUCCCUCUCUCCCGCCUCACUGGGAGCAGUCUGGUGUGGGACCCAAGCAGGAUAAGGGCAGGGAGCCCUUUAUCUGCACAUAAUCUGGCCAGAGCAAUGGGCCAUUAAAGCCUCAAGGCUACUGGACUAACCAGCCUUGGCUUUGGAGAACUUUUUUUUUUUUUUUUUUUGGAAAACAAGAGCUCCUUGGUCCUACUAGAGAUGGUUGGUAUAAAGAACAAUGGAACAGAAUGCUAAUCCCUGGGGGUAGGGAGGUGGGGUGGGGAAUGAUCUCAAUCCUUUAUUAACUGCCUUGAUUAGGUCAAAAACCAGACUCGACAAGUUCACUUGCAUUAUGUCAUGUAACUCCCACAAAAACCCUACAGGGAAGGACUUAUUCUCUCAUAAAUACAAAGAAACCCAGGCUCUAAGGUUCGGUGAUUUGCUCAGUUUCCACAGCAGAAAAGUAGAACUGGGAUUGAAACCCACAUCUUCUGGCCUCCGAAUCCCCUGAUGCCACCCUGCCGUGUUGGCCCGGCCCCCCGCCCCCCCUGUAAUUGCCCGUCUUGGCCCGAAGUGCCACAGUCAGGAACUGGAGACGUUGGCCAAAAGUUGGCUUUCUGAGCAAAGUCUGCCCUGCCCUCUCCUCCUGUGAAGGCCUCACCUCUGUAAAGCCGGGGAGCCACGACACUGGCCUCGGUGCCGGCACAGGUGGGGGGUGCUGGUCCGAGAGCGCGGUGUGGGUUCCAUAGGGCUGGAGGCAGAGGUCAUUGCCAAAUCGGUGGAAUGCCCAGGUUCACGGGCGUUGGCAGGGCGAUGAGUGAAGAGAGUUUGCACAUAGGGAAAGCGGCGCCUGGGAAGCCCCACGGCAGGCAGAUGCCCCUACAUUAGGUGCCAGCUGUCUGCCAAGGAAAAUGAAAUUGAUCUCUGAGCCCCUAAAACAGUAAAUGAGCUGAGCAAAGGCUUAGACAUGCUUCAGCCCAACCUAAUUGGGGAGCUGGUUAAGGAAAAUAGGGUGUAGCCAAUCAAUGGAAGAUGAAGUAGCCAGCCAAAGAUGGUUUAUUUUAAAAAACCAUGUAAUAUGACAUUUUCUCAUGACUAAAUCAGUAUAUUUACGCAAUGUGAUCCUGACCAUAAUUUUUUUAAAAUUCCAACCCUUACAGAGAGAAGGAAAUUUGCCCACAAAAAUCAUCGGUGGAGAGUCCUAUGAGUAAUUUUUUCCUUCUGUUUACUUUUUUUUUUUUUUGCAUAUUCCAACUUGUAUUGGCCAUGUGGUAUUUCAAUAAUGGGGGGAAGAUAUCAAAAUGUAUAUUUUUGUGAAGAUCCAAGUGAGCUAAAGGACUGUUCCCCUUGCUUUUUCUUUUUUUUUUUUUUCUCCCACAGUAGCAAGUUGCCCGUUGGGAUGUGCCCCAACUAGGAAAACAUAGGCUCUUUGUUGUAUGCAGUAGAAUCUAAAGAAGCAAAAAGCAGCCCCAUGAAGCUGGUGUUUGCAGCCACUCAGUGUGGGCAGGUGUGCGACCCUCCUGGGCAUCUCAGCCUCAAAAUCUUGCAGCCCGAGGACAGAAGAACAGGAGGUAACAUUCCCUUCGUGGAACUCUCCUGUCCUUGGUGGAUAAACCAAUAUGGCAGCCAAGAGCGUGAGCUCCAGAGUCAGCCAGAGCAAGGUUCUGUGACUAUGUGACCAAGUGACUAUGUCACUUGAAACCUCAGUGAACCUUUGUUUUCUCAACGAUAAAACAGGAGUAAAAACCAUGCCUUGGGGUAUGAGGAUAAAGUAAGAGAAUGUGUGUAAAGCACGUGGCACAUAAUCUUUCACUGAAAGAGAAUGGCUCAUUAUGAGUAAUCUUGCCUGAGUAAAAAUAGGCUAAUGGUCUAGAAUGGGAUUAUCUUUGCUCAGAACCAAACAGAACAUUUAGAAAAACACUGUAUCCCAGGCCUGUUGCGGAAAAAGAUUUAAGCAGUAAACUUGGAGGAAUUUUAAUCCCGUUGGGUAGAAUCAGCCCUGUUAUUUGGUAUUUUCACCUCCUGAGGUGUCCUGUCCUGAAACCUUUGCAUUACCUGCGUCCAUGAUUCCAUGCCUGCUGGUUAGUUUCUUGGAGCUUCAUCUGGGUGACGGUGAUCUCUCCUUGGUGCUGGGGAUCCUCUUUCCUUACGGAGUGGCCCAGGCCACAAACGACCCUGACAAGGGUUCGGGAAGAUCCCAGCCUUCUUCCGGC